AUGACGAUCGAAAGUCCAAAGAGCCACGAGCAUCGUUUAUCUCUUGUUCCAAAGAUGAUUAUGUUUACAUGUCAUAUAUGUGAGCUGCUUGACGAUCGGUUCCCUUAUGCAUGCAACAUAUGUGAUUUGAGUUUUCACAAAGAUUGCGCCGAAUCUACACCAGAGCUCAACUACUUUUGUCAUCCUAAACACCCUCUCAAGCGUCUCACGCGAGUUCCAAGUUACACCGAUGGAAAAUGCAUAACGUGUUUUAUCACUGUUCUAUCUGCGAUUUCAGCGUGGAUGUUGACUGUGCAAAGAACCCACCUCCUUUCUAAAAUUUUAGAAAGGGUCCAACCCAAAGCUCAUGAACAUCCACUCACUCUUUUGCCGCAACGAGCUUUUGUUUGUAAUGCUUGUGGAAUAUUGCAUGACGAUCCAAACCCUUAUGUAUGUCUUCAAUGCAAUUUCAUGGUCCAUAGAAAUUGUAUAGACAUACCACGCAUCAUAAAGACAAGUCGUCACGUUUAUCGUAUCUCUUACAAUCAUUGCCUCACUGCCGGAGAUUGGAAAUGUGGAGUGUGUAAGAAAGAAAUAAACUGGAGAUGUGGAGCUUAUUCUUGUUCCAAGUGUUUGGGUUUCGCAAUUCACUGGAGAUGCGCCACAAGUUUUGGGAUUUGGGAUGGAAUUGAAUAUGAAGGCAUAUUAGAAGAUAUUGUCGAUUCUAAAUCAUAUGAGGUGAUCGAAGAAGGCGUAAUAAAGCAUUUCAGUCACGAGAAGCAUACUUUAAAGCUCAAAGAAGAAGAGAGUGAUGCUAAUGAUGAAUGCGCAUGGUGUAAAGCAUGCACAUAUCCCAUUUUUGGUAGCCCAUUCUACAAUUGCAUGGAAUGUGAUGACUUCACCUUUCAUCAGAAAUGCGCUUAUCUCCCAAAAAAGAUUAUAGAUUCUUUCUACAAGAUGCCAAUGACUCUGCGACUCUCAGAAAUUGGUGAAAUAACUUUCUGCGAUGUUUGUGAAAGCAACUUUGAAGGUUUAGUGUACACAAGUGAUGAUAAUCGUAUUAUCAACCUUGAUGUGCGAUGUGGUUCUAUCUCUGAGCCAUUUGUCCAUGUAAGUCAUCCUCUUCAUUCGCUAUACAUCAGUCACUCAACGGGAGACAAAUUCUGUAAUGGUUGUGGAGAUAAAGCAACUAUGGUUUUAGGUUGUGAAGAGUGUGGAUUUGCUUUGGACAUUAACUGUUCUAUUUUGCCAAAGAUGGUUAAACACAAAAACGAUAAAGAUCAUUUUCUGUCUCUGUGUUACGAUGCAAAAACGACUGAGCAGUACUGGUGCCAGAUAUGCGAAGAAAAUCUAAACCCAAAAAAAUGGUUUUAUUCAUGUGAUCUCUGUGGCAUCACUUUUCACAUCAAAUGGACCUCACAUGUAUAA